AGCCUUCUACUACAAAGAAAGCCGGCUUUGAGAAGGAACGCAGAUUUCCGAGUAUCAGUGCUCUUGACAGUGGACGGAAAGUGUGCUGAUUAACAAGGGACAGCCUGCCCUACUGUAUAUCCACUCUGCCUUGGCUUAGAUUAUACAUUAGAGGCUUGGAGGCUGGUGCUUUGUUUGUGGGGCCAGCGAAUAUUGCUGCGACUUGACUCCCCUGUGCUGAAACUCAGCAUUUAGAUUGUGGUUUUCCUGAAACACAGGAAGGUAUCGAACACAGUUUUCUUUCUUUCUGUAUCAUCUUUCGACGAAUUGCAGCCGUGUUACUCUUACAAUCUAUACCCGCUGUCUUGUGGUUUGGGAGCGCUUAGGUAUGCAAAGAAACCAUCUGGAACCUUCGGUGGAGGCAAGAUUGAGAUCCCCUGUGUAGUUUCUUUUGCUGCCCCCCUUCUCUGCCCCUCCGCUCCCCCCCCACCCCACCCACAACACCACUUCCCCUCUGACCCUCUUGCUGUACUAACCGCCCCUCCGGGAUCUGGUCUGUCAAAGGACCCUCCUCCUCGUUUAAUGUUUGGAGUCUUUAGGUUUGCCUGAGAUCAGAGAGUCUCCUCUGAGGGUGUCUUGAAUGGAGGCGAUCGCCAAGUAUGAGUUCUCUGGGGCCGGAGAGGACGAGCUGAGUUUCAGAAAGAACGACGUCCUUAAGGUCCUGAGCACUGAGGAUGACUGGUAUAAGGCUGAACUUCAUGGACGUGAAGGUUUCGUGCCGAAGAACUACAUUGAAAUCAAUAUGCCCAGCUGGUUCCAUGCUGGGAUUGGCCGAAGCGAAGCAGAGAACAUUCUUUUGGAGCAAGAUUUGGGAGCCUUCCUCAUCAGAGCCAGCCAGAGUUCCAAGAACGAUUUCUCUAUCUCAGUCAGGCACCAUGACGACGUCCAACAUUUUAAGGUCCUGCGUGAUGGCAAAGGUCACUAUUACCUGUGGUCAGAGAAAUUCGAGUCCCUGAAUAAGCUGGUGGAAUAUUAUAAAGUCAGUUCAAUCUCCAAAACAACACAAAUCUGCCUGAAGGAUGAUAAAAAGGAAAUGAAGGGAUUUGCCAGCUACCCUGAUGCACGGAUGACGGGAGCGCGCAUGUCAGAGCACCGGAUGCCAGAGCCCCGGAUGCCAGAGCCCCGGAUGCCAGAGCCUCGGAUGCCAGAGCCCCGGAUGCCAGGCUCCCGAAUGCCAAGCUCCCGGAUGAUGGAUUCCGGAAUGCCAGAUUUCCAAAUGAUGGAAUCACGAAUGGCGGCCCCCCGGCUGCCAGAUCCCCGGCACGAUUCCCGAAUAUCAAAUUCCCGCAUGCCUAGUUCCCGGGUGCCGGAGCCCCGGCCGGUGCCCUCACUGGGCCGCAGCGCACACUUCAGCGAGCCCUCCAUCCGCAGAAGCUUCAACCCGCAGCCGUCACUGAGCGAAGCAGUUCCCCGGUUCAGGCAGUCCUGUAGCCCACAACCGCCCUUCCAAGAGGGCCCAGUGGUAACCAGGAAGCCCAGUGACUGCCCUCCCGUGCAGAAAACCAGGCGUGUUCGAGCCAUGUUCGAUUUCACAGCCGAGGCCGAUGAUGAGCUGGAGUUCAAGUGCGGCGACGUCAUCGAGGUUCUGGACACCACAGACCCCUCGUGGUGGAAGGGGAGUUUAUGGGGACGGAUUGGCUUGUUCCCGAGUAAUUACGUGUCGUCAAUCAACCGGUGACAUCCCACUAGACUCUGGAAAAUUAUCCUUUCCUUUUCCCUCCAUCUAGACAGCAGCCAAUAAAAU